AGACGGUAACUGGAUGAGAGAAAUACUGCAGCUGCUUCGAUGCGACCUGAAAAACUAGUCACCAGGAGGGCGUGAGGCUUAGUGUAUAUAAGACUGGCAGACACUUCUUGCUGCAGUGACUUGUAGCAACACACUCAACAUGUACACUAAGCUGGUCGUCCUCCUGGCCGUGGCCGCCGCCGCCUCCGCCGCCCGGCCAAACUACAACUUCCAGUAUGCAGUGCAGGACUCCCGCAACAACUUCGGCCACGAGGAGACCCGCCAGCUGGAGAACACCAACGGCCGCUUCUUCGCGCAGCUCCCCGACGGCCGCCUGCAGCAGGUGAACUACCGCGUGGACGGCAACAGCGGCUUCCUGGCCGAGGUCACCUACGACGGCGAGGCGCGCUUCCCCGACUCCGACGAGUCCUUCGAGUCUCGCGGAAGGCGCGUCUUCAGCGCCCCUAGCUCCUCCUCCGGCCGCUUCGGCAGCAGCAGCGGCAGCAGCGGCUUCGGCAGCAGUAGCGGCAGAAGCGGCUUCGGCAGCAGCAGCGGCAGCAGCGGCUUCGGCAGCAGCAGCGGCAGCGGCAGGAGCGGUUUCGGCAGCAGCAGCAGCAGCAGCUUCGGCAGGAGCGGCAGCAGCAGCAGCAGUAGCAGCAGCUUUGGUAGGACCGGCGGCAGCAGCAGCAGCAGCUUCGGCAGCGGCAGGAGCGGCAGCGGCAGGAGCGGCAGCAGCAGCGGCAGUAGCAGCAGCUUUGGUAGGACUGGCGGCGGCAGCAGCAGCAGCAGCAGCUUCGGCAGCGGCAGGAGCGGCAGCGGCAGGAGUGGCAGCAGCGGCACCUCUUUCUUCAGCCUGGACUCCCGCGAGUCCCGCGAGUUCCCCUUCGCCUCCCGCGAGUCUCGCGAGCACCGCUUCGACUCUUUCGAGGACCGCUUCGACUCCCGCGAGGACCGCUUCGACUCCCGCUUCGACUCCCGCGAGGACCGCUUCCCCUUCGCCUCCCGCGAGUCCCGCGAGUUCGCGGGGCCCAGGAACCCCUUCGUCAGAGCUGCCUCACGGGGAUACCGCUACGACUAGACCCGUCCCGCCUAGCCCGCCACGCCCUGCCCCCGCUGACGACCGCCCACGUCCACACUCACACCCUUCACACCAUUAUUUAUUGACAUUACCCAUUACCUAUUUAUUCCUCCAUGUAACGUGAAUGUGUCCAAUAAAUGAAAUGCAAAGUCA